GAUUCUCUCUCCUGGCAGCCAGUCUGCCCACUGUCAGUGCCAACUCAGGGUUUGAUACAGCAAUUUGUCAACUUCCAAAAACGUCACCGUUCUUUUUAUAUAAAACAAAUAAAGAAUCUUCAUUAUUACCAUUUUUUUUUUUUUUUUUUUUUUAAAUUUAUCAUACUGUAUUGUUUUUGUCUAAAUUUCUUUUCUUUUAUGAAAUUAUGGAUAGCCAAUACUACGUAUAUAAGAAGCCGUUUCAAAAAGAAAGUCUUCUCUUUGUUCAUUUCUUCCCUCAUUUUCACUGCAAUUGACAUUGCAGACACCAAUUUCGUCCCAAUACCUCCUGGUAUCUCCUUAAACUAUCCGCCUCUCUAUUUUUUUUUUUUUUUUUGCAUAUAUAUAUGCAAAUGUAUGUUAUGGGUUUGUUUGGAAUGUGAUUAAAUCCAUGUGGGUAUUGAAUGGUUUUUAGAUGUGGGUUUUGUUUGUGUUGAAUUUGUAGGUGAGGCAGUGGAGAGAAGAAGAAGUUAAACAAUGGCGAAUAGGGUUGAUCACGAGUACGACUAUCUAUUCAAGAUUGUGUUGAUUGGGGACUCUGGGGUUGGGAAAUCCAACAUUCUCUCCAGGUUUACCAGAAAUGAGUUCUCCAUGGAGUCCAAAUCCAACAUCGGUGUUGAGUUCGCUACCAGAACUCUCCAGGUAGAUGGAAAAACAGUGAAGGCACAGAUUUGGGAUACUAGUGCUUACUAUAGGGGAGCUGUUGGUGCACUCCUUGUCUAUGACAUAACAAAGGGACAAACCUUUGACAAUGUCCAGAGGUGGCUCCGAGAAUUGAGGGACCAUGCGGACUCUAACAUUGUCAUCAUGAUGGCUGGAAACAAGUCUGAUCUAAACCAUCUCAGAGCCGUCCCAGAUCAGGAUGGUCUGGCCUUGGCUGAGAAGGAAGGGCUUUCAUUUCUUGAGACAUCAGCAUUGGAAGCUUUCAACAUUGACAAGGCAUUCCAAACCAUUUUGACACAGAUAUACCAUAUCAUGAGCAAGAAAGCAUUGGCAGCCCAGGAAGCUGCCACCACCACUGUACUUCCUGGUCAAGGGACGACUAUCAAUGUUGGUGAUGCAUCAGGCAAUACAAAGAAAACAGGCUGCUGUUCAACUUAAGUUGACAUCGGCAGAGGAAAUAUGAUUUGGUAGCAGACAUGUAGACUUGUAGAAUAUUUUCCUCUUCGAGUUGUUAUGUGAAGCAAGCUAGUGAAAAUUAAAACAAGAGUAUGGUUAUCGGCUAGCCGGAUCUGCACCCUUUGUAUGGUACAUUUUUAGUUGUGACCGUAGUGGAAAUGACUGAUACUGUGUGAUUUUAUGAAACAUUGUAACUUGUGUGGUGCUUUAUAAUUGUGUCAUCGGAUUACUC